AUGAAUAGAAUAUUCGGCUCAGGAAAGGCCAAGCCAAAGCCUUCUUUAUCGGAUGCUAUCGCUUCGACUGACACGCGCGUCGGCUCGAUAGAAGUCAAGAUAAAGAAGCUGGACGCAGAGCUUGGGGUCUUCAAGGGCCAAAUGGCCAAGCUGCGUGAUGGGCCAGGAAAGGCCGCAGUACAGCAACGAGCACUGCGGACCCUUAAGCAGAAGCGGAUGUAUGAGGGCCAGCUCAUGCAGCUGCAGCAGCAGACUUGGAAUAUGGAGCAGGCUGCGAUGACGACUGAGAACCUGAAGAAUACAAUGGCGACUGUCGACGCGAUGCAGGUGGCCAACAAGGCAAUGAAGAAGCAGUACAAAGGGAUUGAUAUCGACAAGAUCGAGAGCAUACACUAUGAUAUGGAAGAUAUGAUUGAGCAGGCGAAUGAGAUCCAAGAAUCGCUUGGGCGAAGCUAUGGUGUCCCGGACGAAGUGGACGAAGCGGAUCUUCAGGCAGAGCUGGAUGCUUUAGGGCUGGACGACGAUCCUAUCGGUGAGGGCGAAACCCCGUCGUAUCUCCAAGACGCACAAGCCCUGCCGGACUUUGUCGACCUCGCACCCAUCGAGAACAGGGCAAGGAGCGUCACGCCGACUGCAGAAGCUGCGAGAUGA